AUGUCUGACGAAGUUUACGAAGGCGCCAUUGGUAUUGACCUUGGCACAACCUACUCCUGUGUUGCCAACUAUGAAGGCACCAAUGUUGAAAUCAUUGCCAACGAGCAGGGUAGCUACACAACCCCCUCCUUCGUCUCUUUCACCGAAAAGGAGCGCUUGAUUGGCGAGGCCGCAAAGAACCAGGCUGCGAUGAACCCGAAGAAUACCAUCUUCGAUAUCAAGCGUCUUAUCGGCCGUCGCUAUGAUGAUCCUAUCGUCAAGAAGGAUGUUGAAUCGUGGCCCUUCAAGGUAGUUGAUCAGGGUGGAAGCCCUGCCGUCGAGGUUGAGUACCUCGGAGAGACGAAGACUUUCACUCCCCAGGAGAUCUCCUCCAUGGUCUUGAUGAAGAUGAAAGAGGUUGCGGAAACCAAGCUUGGUAAGAAGGUUGAAAAGGCGGUUAUCACUGUGCCAGCCUACUUCAACGACAACCAGCGUCAAGCGACUAAGGAUGCCGGAGCUAUCUCGGGUCUUAACGUCCUUCGUAUCAUCAACGAACCCACUGCUGCUGCCAUCGCCUACGGUCUUGGUUCCGGAAAGUCCGACAAGGAGCGCAAUGUCCUCAUCUAUGAUCUCGGUGGUGGUACCUUCGAUGUGUCCCUGUUGAACAUCCAGGGCGGUGUGUUCACUGUGAAGGCUACCGCUGGUGAUACUCACCUUGGUGGACAAGAUUUCGAUACCAACUUGCUUGAGCAUUUCAAGAAGGAGUUCCAGCGUAAGACCGGAAAGGACCUUUCGGGUGAUGCCAGAGCCCUGCGCCGACUGAGAACGGCCUGUGAGCGUGCCAAGCGCACUUUGUCUAACGCCACCCAGACCACUGUUGAGAUUGAUUCUCUGUUUGAUGGAGAAGAUUUCAACUCGUCCAUUACUCGUGCUCGUUUCGAGGACCUGAAUGCCAAGUCUUUCUCUGGUACUUUGGAGCCAGUGCAGCAAGUUCUCAAGGAUUCUGGUAUCGAGAAGAGCAAGGUUGAUGAGAUCGUGCUUGUUGGUGGUUCCACUCGUAUUCCUCGCAUCCAGAAGCUUCUCAGCGACUUCUUCGACGGCAAGAAGCUUGAGAAGAGCAUCAACCCCGAUGAAGCUGUCGCCUACGGUGCUGCCGUCCAGGCUGGCAUCCUUUCAGGAAAGGCCACUUCUGCUGAGACCCAGGACCUUCUGUUGUUGGACGUUGUUCCGUUGUCUCUUGGUGUUGCCAUGGAGGGUAAUAUCUUUGCCCCUGUGGUGCCUCGUGGGCAGACUGUUCCCACUAUCAAGAAGCGCACUUUCACCACUGUUGUAGACAACCAGACAACUGUUCAGUUCCCAGUCUACCAGGGUGAGCGUACUAACUGUGCGGAUAACACCUCUCUUGGAGAGUUCACCUUGGCCCCCAUUCCGCCCAUGAGAGCUGGUGAAGCUGCCCUUGAAUGUGUUUUCGAGGUUGACGUCAACGGUAUCCUUAAGGUCACUGCAACUGAGAAGUCUUCCGGUCGUAGUGCGAACAUUACCAUCUCGAAUGCUGUUGGUAAGCUCUCGACCACAGAGAUCGAGCAAAUGAUCGACGAUGCCGCCAAGUUCAAAUCUAGCGACGAGGCUUUCACAAAGAAGUUUGAGUCCCGCCAGCAGCUGGAGUCUUACAUUUCCCGCGUCGAGGAGAUCAUCUCCGAUCCCACCAUGUCGAUGAAGUUGAAGCGUGGUAACAAGGAGAAGAUCGAAUCCGCUCUCAGCGAUGCUAUGGCUCAGCUCGAGAUCGAAGAUUCCACUCCUGAGGAUCUCAAGAAGAAGGAGCUUGCCCUCAAAAGACUCAUUACUAAGGCUAUGGCCACUCGGUAA